UGCAUUUACUAUAGAUUACGUUCCCGGUUCGGUUAUCAGUUUUAUCAUGUGUGUGACAAAUAAUUUCAUAAUAUAGUAACAUCACACCACUGUAUUCAUGGUGUUUCUAAACGCAUAUUUGUUCGUUUGAUCCUUUUAUUAGUUUACUAUUUGCUGACUUACAGACACCGGUAUUUCUAUAACCAUGGGCAGUGUUAUUCGGAAGGAAUUUAGAUGGGCACAUAUUGGUCUUUGCCAUGGCAAUCGGGAUAGCUUUGUUUUUGCUCAGUGGAAGCGGAUGCACCCAAUGUAUUUGAUCUAUAGAGUACUGACCUCCGUCUACACGAUCACGAUUUUCUCUCUUAUACUUACAAAAGAUAUGCAUGACAUCAUGGCAUAUCUCACCACAUGGACAUAUAUUCUGUUGACACUUUACUUUCUUGUUUCCGCUUUUAACGCGGUGUUUUACACGUGCAGAGGACACGAGCGCCAGCUGAGUGACGUUGAGUCUACGGCGUGUGCGUUUGACAGAUCUGAAACAAUGGCCAAGCAGUCAUAUGAUAAUAUAGCAUACGUAAAUACGGCAGCUAAUGAUCCUAUACAAAGAAGUCACAGCAAUAACAUAUCACGUGAUGCAUGCGACAGUGUAAGCAGUAUGCACGAGCCAGAGAAUCGGACGCUAGAGAACGCCAGUGUAGCAAACGAUCGUGACAUUACAAUAACGAUGAAAAUUGCGUGGGUACUCGGAAAUUCUAUACAGGUCUUUGCAAUUAUAGUCUCCCUAAUAUACUUCAUUGUUCUAUUUCCACCAAUAGGCCACACUGACUUCUGGGAUGUCAAUCUACACGGAGUUAAUUCAUUUCUUGUAAUAACUGACACGUGCCUUACGGCGAGACCUGUACGAUUGUUACACGUGUUCCAUCCAAUGCUUUACGGCGUGUGCUAUGUUAUAUUUAGUGUCAUUUAUUGGAGUUAUGACCACGUGAACAACGUGCUGUAUCCAAAUGUGUUGGACUGGAAUUACCCUGGAACCACCAUGAUAUGGGUACUUUCAUUAGCUUUUGUAGCUAUACCGUUGUUUCAAUUGAUAUACUUCGGACUUUACCGUUUGAAAUUACAUAUCUAUUAUCGUUACAUUGAAAGAAAUGUGUUGGAAUAAUAGUCGAAUGUAUGUUCACAAGUAGUUGUGAAUAGUUUUGCCCACGGUGUUAAGAAAGAAAAAGAUAUUUCAGACACUGUCCGCCAGUCGAUGUUUAAAAUACUUGUUGUGAACGUAGCUAU